AUGGAAAAAGCUAAAUUGGGGAACUAUGAACAAGGUCGUUAUAGUUCUGCAGAGACUAGAAAUCAGGGGCUUGGUUCUGUGAACCAAUGGACUUUUCAGGAUCCAUGCAAUUCGAUUAACACUAAUAUUCGACCACCCGAACUCAAUUUACCUGUUGGAGCUAGACCUGAUCGCAAUUUACCAGUUGGGACUAGACCUGUUCUCAACUAUUCUAUUCAGACUGGUGAGGAGUUUGCUCUUGAAUUUAUGCGGGAAAGGGUGAAUCCAAGGCAGCACAUUUUUCCAAAUUCCUCUAAUGAGUCUAAUAGUGCAACUGUGUAUAUGGAUGUAAAGGGCACGCUUGGAAUAUUUCAUACAGGUUCUGACAGUGGACUUGAUACUUCCACUAUCCCCACCGCAGAAAAGAGGAGAGAUCCUGAGAGCAAUGCUUCUACUCUAAAUGAAGAAAAAGUUUAUGUUCAGCCCUUUCACUCUGUAAAUCAAACCUCAUCAGAACGUAAGAGUAGUCAUGGAUUUCAUAGUCAUACUGCUUCAAAGGCUUCUGGUAGCUCAUCAACAACGCUGAAGUUACUCUGCAGUUUUGGUGGUAAAAUUUUGCCUCGUCCAAAAGAUGGAAAGCUUCGGUAUGUUGGAGGUGAUACACGUAUUGUCCGGAUAAGCAAAGAUAUUUUGUGGGAGGAAUUUGUGCAGAAAACAUGGAUAAUAUAUAAUCAACCUCAUACAAUCAAAUAUCAGCUUCCGGGUGAGGAUCUUGAUGCAUUGGUGUCAGUCUCUUGUGACGAGGACCUGCAGAAUAUGAUGGAGGAAUGUAAUGUACUUGAAGAUGGUGGAGCCCAGAAACUCAGGAUAUUUCUUAUUUCAAAUGAUGACUUAAGUGAUUCUCAGCUUGAUCUCGAGAAUGCAGAAAGUGAAUCCGAGCUUCAAUAUGUUGUUGCCAUAAAUGGCAUGGACUUUGGAUCCAGAAGAAAUUCCAUUGCUAUAGAGAACACUUCAGGAAACAAUUUGGAGGAGUUGCUGAGUUUAAGUGUUGAGCAGGCGACUGGUCACAUUGCAGUUGGCUUAGCAGUGGCCGGCUCUGCGCAUCCUGAAGUUGGUAUUCCCUCUUUAAAUAAAUCUUCUCAGAUGAUGCUACCAACUUCAUCACCAGCUUUUGAGUACAAUCCACGUGGGUAUCAGGUGCAAACAAUGAAUCAUGGACAGCCUGAAUUGCAUCAAUUGCACACUUUCCAACGGAAAGACAGCUUCCCAGAUGUGGGUUUCAAAAAUAAUGUCCCACCAUCUGUUCCAGUGCAAUACAAUUAUGGUUCUCAUCCAUCAAAUCAUGUGCUGGUUGCUGAAAACUUGACUCCACAUUCUAUUUAUGGGCACAUGACUUCAGAAGGGGCUAUGGCUGUGGGGCAGCCUCACGGUAGCUUGAAAGCAAAGGUUCCAGAAGUGUCAACAUUGAAGACGAAGGUUAAAAAUGAAACUAUUAUCUCGAAGAAGGUUGAGUUUUUUAAGGACCAAUCUAUAGAAAAGGAUUUGCUUCUGAAGGAUGUAAAGAUGACAGAAGAGAACUCAGUCCAGAAAAUCGGUGAGUCUAAUAAGAUGCUGUCAGUCAAAAAUGAGAACAUUUUCUCUUCUCAUCCACAUGACAGUUCAUCUUUAAAUGAUAUAACACGAGAGGAUGCAUCCAUUAUUAGUGCUGCAGCAGACACAGAGACUCAUGUUCAAACAACAAGUAGUGAGAAGAGCCAGGAUUCUGUGAGGAGUUCAGUUCCUCUGGAUAAUGUCAAGGAAGCAAAUAUGCAAAAGAUUGAUGUGGAUGACCGAUUUUAUACAUAUGGUAAAGCAUUUAUGCCUGUCCAUGGUGAGUCCGAGGCAUAUUCAAAUGAUUUGAACUGUGAAGCAGAGGUGCUUCCCCAGAGCCUUUUUCAUUCAGAAAGAAUUCCCAGAGAACAGGCAGGGCUUAGUCGUUUGUCCAAGUCUGAUGAUCGUUCUGGUUCCCAAUAUCUAAUGACUCCUGCCCGAUCAGAUGUUUCACAACAGAUGACAGAAUCAAUUGACAAGCUGAAUGAUUGGAAUGUGGCUUCUCAGGCAGAAGAGAAAUUGAGUGAAUUUCAGAAGUCAAUCGCAGUUACUGAUCACAUCGGUGCAAAGAAUUCAAGUGUCCAUGACGACAAUCUUGAGUCAAAUCUUCACAAGUCUGACUUAAAUGCUGUGGUACUUCCUGAUAGUGAUUCUUCUGUAUCCAAUUUCCCUAUGACUAGCCGAAGUUCUGACUAUCCCCAAGAUGAAUCUGCUCCUAACCUUAUGAAGCUUCACUGGGGAAAGAUAAGUGGAAAAACCUCUGAGGAGCAAAUACAGCCUCUGGCUGGAGAAAAUCCAGCUGUAACUUCUCCCCUAGGUAAACCCUCUUUUGGUGUUGGCACUUCAGAACAGGGGGACAUCCUUAUUGAUAUAAAUGAUCGUUUUCCUCGAGAUUUCUUGCCUGAUAUAUUUUCUGAGGCUAGAGUUGUAGAUAGCUCCUCUGGUUUUGCUCCACUGCAGAGAGAUGGAACUGUUUUGAGCUUAAAUAUGGAACAUGAACCUAAGCACUGGUCUUUCUUUCAGAAUUUAGCAAAAGAUGAUUUUGUAAGAAAAGACAUGUCCCUUAUGGAUCAGGAUCAUCUUAGUUUGCCAUAUACUCGUGCCAAUAUUGGAGAAGCGGAUUCCAUUGAAAAUAGUUAUCCACUUCCUAGAGCUACUGGAGGUGCAAUGGAUCACAUUGAUUCCCGUAGAAAUUUUGAGGACGAUAUUCAGCAGCAACCAACUAGCAUCAUCAGACCAGAGACCAUGAAAUUGCCUUCUGAUCAUGAUCCUUCCCAGACCUCUGGCGUUCCAAGUCUGCAAUUUGAUGGUCAAAUGGACUCAAGGACACCAGAAUCUGAAUAUCAGGAUGAGAAGGAAGAAGCACAGAAUACCAGAUUUCCUCUUGUCGACCUCUCUCUAGGAGAUUUUGAUCUCCAUAUGCUACAGAUUAUAAAGAAUAAGGAUCUAGAAGAGUUGAGGGAAUUAGGUUCUGGAACCUACGGGACUGUUUAUCACGGGAAAUGGAGGGGUUCAGAUGUUGCUAUCAAGAGAAUAAAGAAGAGCUUUUUCACAGGUCGCUCAUCGGAGCAGGAGCGACUGGCUGUGGACUUUUGGCGUGAAGCUGAAAUUCUUUCAAAGCUUCACCAUCCCAACAUAGUAGCAUUUUAUGGUGUAGUGCAAGAUGGCCCUGGAGGAACACUUGCAACUGUAACAGAAUACAUGGUGAAUGGUUCCCUUAGGCAUGUUUUAAUUUCCAAGGACAGGCAUCUGGAUCGUCGCAAGCGGCUCAUAAUCGCAAUGGAUGCUGCUUUUGGAAUGGAAUAUCUGCAUUCAAGGAAUAUUGUGCACUUCGAUUUGAAAUGUGAUAACUUGCUUGUCAACUUGAAGGAUCUUUCCCGACCCAUAUGCAAGGUGGGUGAUUUUGGAUUGUCUAAAAUCAAAAGAAAUACAAUGGUUACUGGUGGUGUCAGGGGAACCCUUCCAUGGAUGGCUCCGGAGUUACUAAAUGGUGGCAGUAGUAAGGUUUCUGAGAAGGUUGAUGUCUUCUCCUUUGGGAUUGUACUUUGGGAAAUUCUAACCGGUGAGGAACCUUAUGCCAAUAUGCAUUAUGGAGCUAUCAUAGGUGGUAUAGUAAAUAACACAUUGAGGCCACCUGUGCCAAGCUUCUGUGAUCCCGAAUGGAGAUUACUUAUGGAACAAUGUUGGGCUCCAGAUCCAAUGGUCCGUCCAUCCUUCACUGAAAUUGCUAGACGCUUGCGUACAAUGUCUGCUGCAAGCGUGACCAGAACUCAGGGUCUUGCAGCACAGACUCAGUUAUCCAAAUGA